CUCCAACCGCCGCUCCCGGGGAAGAGGGCGGCUUCCCGGGAAGCGGGCCGCCGCCGCAGCCGCCGGGACUCGGAAGUGCCGAGAGGGUUGUUGGGGACUCGUGGCGCGCGUGAACGCCGCCGCCGCUGCCCGGGACAGCCCGGAGAAACUCUCAGUGUGUCUGCCAAGACCCUUUGUCACGAGGAGCAAUGCUGCCCCGAUGGGAACUGUCUUUUUACCUAUUUGCUUCACUAGGCUUCCACUUAUAUUCUUUCUAUGAAGUUUACAAAGUCUCAAGAGAACAUGAAGAGGAACUGGACCGACAGUUUGACCUGGAGGCCGGCACUUUAUUUGGAGGAUUUAAGAAGGACCCAAAUGACUUUGAGUGGAGCUUCUGGAUGGAAUGGGGAAAACAGCAGCUGGUGCGGUUUCUGCUGGGCCACAUGGCUGUGUCUCAGGUGGCCGGUGUACUUGCAAGGAAGCACAGACCCUGGAUCCUGGGGGCUUACGGAAUGUGGGCCUCCUGGUGUGUUCUGGGGGCCCAAGGCACGGCCAUAAUUUUUCUCCACACCCUCAUCUCCUUCUGCGUGGCCCAGUUCCAGUCGCAGCUCCUGUCAUGGCUCUGUUCUCUCUUCCUGCUCACCACACUGAGGCUGCAAGAUGUGGAGGAAGUUAAGAGAGGGUGGUACCAGACGGAGAACGAGUACUACUUGCUGCAGUUCACGCUGACCGUGCGUUGCCUGUACUACACCAGCUUCAGCCUCGAGUUCUGCUGGCAGGAGACUGAGAACAGCUUCUACUCCUUUCCCUGGCUGGUGGCCUACGUCUUCUAUUACCCCGUCUUCCACAACGGGCCCAUCCUCAGCUUCCCAGAGUUCAUCACCCAGAUGCAGCAGCAAGAGUACUGCUCGCUGAAGUCCAGCCUUUCGGCCUUUGCCCUGGGGCUGGGUCGCCUCCUCUGCUAUUGGUGGCUGGCAGAGCUGAUGGUUCACCUCAUGUACAUGCACGCCAUCUACAGCAGCGCCCCUCUCCUGAGGGCUGUCUCUUGUUGGACCUUAGGAGGACUGGCAUUGGCUCAAGUGAUCUUCUUCUAUCUGAAGUACUUGGUUCUCUUUGGUGUCCCAGCUCUGCUCAUGCGCCUGGAUGGACUCACACCACCACCCCUCCCUCGCUGUGUGAGCACCAUGUUCAGUUUCACGGGGAUGUGGAGGUAUUUUGACGUUGGACUGCAUGAUUUCUUAAUCAGGUAUGUGUACAUUCCAGUAGGCGGGUCCCAGCAUGGCCUGCUGAGGACACUGUUUGCCACUGCAGUGACGUUUGCAUUUGUGAGCUUCUGGCAUGGUGGCCAUGACUACCUCUGGUACUGGGCAGCGCUCAACUGGCUGGGAGUCGUCGCGGAGAACACAGUCCAGAGGCUUGUGCAGACCCCGUGCAUCCAGGACAGCUUGAUUCACUUCCUCUCCCCACAAGCCCGCCGUCGAUUCCACGCCGCCUUUGCGUCUUGUUCCACCUCCAUGCUGAUCCUGUCCAACCUGGUGUUUCUUGGGGGCAGUCAAGUUGGGAAAAUCUACUGGAACAGGAUCUUCAUACAAGGCUGGCCAUACGUGACACUCUCUGUCCUGGGAUUCCUGUACUGCUACUCCCAUGUAGGCAUUGCCUGGUCCCAGACAUACUUGGUGGACUAAAGCUGCCUGGCCCACGCCAGCCCUUACCGCUGGCCUCCGAGCAAAUGGUGCUUCACCCUGACCUCGCACACCAAGAUAACCUCCGAGGGACCAGUGCUUGAUCUGUUCAUCUUUUGUUGAAGUUACCUCACUCCAAGACUGGAAGCUGGAGCUCUCAUAGAAAAUUGACAACCAGAGAGGCUUCUAACUUUGGGGAUCCGGAGCUCAUCUCCCCCAUCAUUUUCCUGCUGAGUAAGCAGGGGUCCAGAGCAGGAGAAUCUUGCUCAGCUGCACAUGGUGACGUUGCGGUCUAGAACCCAGGCCCAGUGGCCCUUUGGGUUCUUUCUACUUUACUAAGAAUUACAUGCAAUAGAUGUUUCUCGAUUAGAGCACAGAAAUCCUGAUAGUGAUAAGGCCUGUUCUCCACUGAGCAUCCUUCUGAAACAUUUUGGUAACAUGUAAAUGACCUCUUCCCCAUGUCCUGCAGUAUGGUCGCUAGAACCAGCACUGGGGUCUGAGUUUCACGCUUCAGCUCCCCAGCAUGGCGGGGACAAUGUCAUGUUUCUAGUUACCCAGUCAAAGAACAUACAACAUGUCCUGUGGUUUCCAAGGGGUCAGUACAGAAGACCAGUUAUUUAAACACUACCCAGGUGACUGACAUUUGGAUGCUUUGUGCCCUAGAUUUACUGAGAAGUAUAAAUAUGGCAGUUCCUGUAGCAGACAGUUAAUCUUCAUUUCCCAAUAUAGAAGCAGAAUUAAGAAACCAGGAGAUAGUGUGUCCACAGACAGGUGCUAUCUGGUAAGUGACAAAGGGUAAGCAUGGUAUCCUGUGGUCUUUUCUCCUCUCCAUGCAAGUAAGCUCCAGCAGUCAUCUUCCUACUCAGUGGUUUACACUCAGUAGUUCACAUUGUUUUGUUUUGUUUCAAAUAAAAUGGAGCCUUUCCUAUCACACUGAUAAUUUA